AUGGCGUCAGCACCAGAAGACAGAUUUGCGCGGCUCAAGACAGACCCGCGAUUCCGCCGGCCGAAACAGAAACAGCUCAAGGUGGAGCUGGAUGAGCGAUUUAGGGAUGUACUGGAGAGCGAAGAGUUUGGAGGAAAGGGCAAAGGGAAAGGGAAGGCUUCGGACGUCAAGGUUGAUAAGCGCGGACGUCCACUAGCCGGCUCUCAUCACCAAGAUCAGCUCAAGCGGUUCUACCGGCUCCGAUCACCCUCUCCCUCCGCGUCCGGCUCGGCGGACCCCAACGCAGCGGCGGAACCUACUUUCAUUGACUACGCUCGAGGAGACGGAUACCUCUCCUCUUCAGGGUCGGAGGAUGACGAGGAGGAAUCUGAGGCGGAAGAAGAGGAGCUGGAGAUUGGUGGUAAACGGCGCAUCAAACCUCGGGCGGAAUAUGACGAUUCCGGCAGCGAUAGUGAGGACGGAAGCGAUGCCUCGGGAAGUCAUCUCGCUAUCGAUCUGGACGAGGAUGAGGAUGAGGGGCAGACCGCGUUCCCCCUGGAGGUGAUCGGCGAGGGAGACGAGGAAGAGGAAGAGGAAGAGGAAGACGACCGACCGACCACGGACCCGACGACCAGAUUCGCAGCUGUCAACCUCGAUUGGGACAAUUUGCGCGCGGCGGACCUUUUUGCUGUAUUCAACAGCUUUAUAAAGGAGGGAGGGAGGAAGAUCAAGGGCGCGGCGGAGAUGAAGGGAGAGGGGAAGCUCUUGGGGGUGAAGAUAUACCCGAGCGAGUUUGGGAAGGAGAGGAUGAAGAGGGAAGAAAUGGAGGGCCCGGGUGGGGGCAUGUUCAUUUCGAAGAAGGGGGAGGGGAAGGGUAAAGGCAUUGGGAGGCGGAGUAGGCGGGACGAGAGCGAAGAGGAGAGUGACGAGGAGGAAAGCGGGAGUGAGAUCGACGAGGAGGAGGGGGACAGUCAGAUUGGGUCGGAUGACGAGCUGGAGCUCAGCCAAGAGGAAGAGGGGAGCGAUGAGGACGAAGACGAUGACGAGGAAGACGAAGACGAGGAGAAUGAGGAGAGCGACGACGGUCUCCCCGCCUCGGGCAAAGCCAACAAGCUCGAGGUCAUGUCGGACGUCUCCUCGGACGCCGGAUCGGAAGAUAUCGAUAUGGACCAGCUUCGUCAAUACCAGCUCGAGAGAUUACGGUAUUACUACGCUAUCGUCACCUUCUCAUCCGUCGCUGCUGCCGAGCACGUUUUCGACGAAUGCAACGGGACCGAAUUUGAGCGGACAGCCAAUGUCUUCGACCUCAGCUACGUCCCGGAUGGCAUGGACUUCUCGGAUGACGAUCUCCACGACGAAGCCACCAAAGAACCCCGCGGCUACAAGGGUACCGAUUUCGUUACCGACGCGCUCCGUCACUCCAAAGUCAAGCUCACAUGGGACCAGGACGAUCCGAAUCGGUCGAAACUCACUCGCAAGGCGAUGACGAGGGAAGAGAUCGAGGAGCAGGACUUCAAGAACCUCGUCGCGGGGUCGGACGAUAGCGCGAGCGACAGCGAGCCGGAGUCUGACGAUGAGGCUGCCAGUGGGUUACCGAUCGGGACCGGGACCGGGGCCGGCAAGACCACCAAAGUCAAGCCGACAGCGGGAGCGGCGGACGCCAAGGCGAAAAAGGCGAAAGUGAAGGAGAGGAAAGACGAGCUCCGCGCAUUGCUUUUGGCGGGGAAUGAGGAGGACGGGGAUAUUUGGGGCAAGGCGGGAUUGAGCCAGGCGGCGGAUAUGGACGACGAUGAGGAGGCGGAAGGGAAGGGCGGAAAGGCGAAGGGAGGGAUGGAGAUCACUUUCCGCCCUGCCUUGGCCGAGGGGGCGCCGGCGCUGGAGGAUGAUAAUCUCACCACGCUGGAGAGGUAUCAAUUGCGGAUGAAGGAGAAGAAGUCGAGGAAGAAGGAGAAGCUCGAGAUGAAGAGGGGAAUGAAGGAGGGUGGGGCUGCCGGGUCGGAUGGGGAGGAUGCGAAGGGAGCACCCGCCAAGGCCGGUACGGAGGGAGAUGACUUCUUUGGUGGGGACAGCGACGAGGAGGUAGUCAAGCUGGACCCGCCAAAGAAGGGGAAGAAGGACGCUAAGUCGGCCACUUCGAAGCCGACCAAGGCGGAUGCUGCGCCGACGAUCAAGGCGAAGGUCGUCCCCGUCCCCAUCCCCACCACAUCCGCUAUCCCUGCAGACGUCCACGCCGACCUUCAGCCCGGGAACGACGCCGAGCACUUCUCGAUGAAGGAUAUCCUCCGGGAUGAGAAGGCUGAGGGGUCCAAGCGGCGGCGGAAGCGCGCGAGCCAGGCCAAGAAGGAGGCAAGGAAUGAGGCGUUGGGCCGGACACGGGAGACGGAGCUGGGCAAAGAAGGAUGGACAAUUGAUGUCAAGGAUAAGCGGUUCAAGGCGUUGCAUGAGGAGGCGGAGUUUGCUAUUGACCCCAGCAAUCCACACUUCACCAAGACAAAAGCGAUGAAAGACCUCCUCGCCGAGCGCGCCCGAGUCCGAGGCGACAAGCGACAAUCCGACGAUACCGGUGCACCUGUCGAGCCCGCUCCAAAGAAAGCUGCAGCAGCUGCGGGCGCCGGACCGAAAGAGAGGGAUCUGAGCGCGCUGGUGCAGAGCUCUAUCCUCCUCAUCGCCUCCUUCUCCCUCUGCGUCAUUGCCGCCCCCAUCCCCGAUGCUGUCGGCGGCAGCGGAUACACUGGUAAUGCCGGGCAAGCCGAAGGCGGGAACUUGCAGAAGUCAUCCUACGGCGGACUGGCCAACCUCGAUAUCCUGAACCUCGGCUCCGGCAACGCCGGGAAGGGCGGUCUGGCCAACUCCGGCAAUGCGCUCGGUGGGGGUAUUGCGGGCGGAUGUGGCGCCGGGGGUGUAGGAAACGUCGCGGGCGGUAACGGGUACACUGGUCUCGGCGGGCAAGCCGGCGGUGGAGACCACACCGAGUCCUCAUACGGCGGUCUCCUCAACAUCAAGGCCCUCAACAUCGGGAGCAACAACGCUGGGAAGGGCGGCGAGGCCAACUCUGGCUCGGCGCUCGGCGGUGCUCUUGGAUGCGGGCAGUAG